AUGGGUGACACCCCUCUAGCCUCGCUGUCUUUGACGCAUGUUCAUUAUAAUCCCGAGGAUACGCUGUCCUUUGCAUCAGCAUGGCUAGCCCUCGUCCCACAAGCGCUAUGCGUCUCAUAUGCGACACUGGUAUGGGCAUCGAGAGAAAUGGAGGUCAUAUUGAUGUUUGCGGGACAACUGGGCUGUGAAGCAUUGAAUUUCGUGCUGAAAAGAAUCAUCAAGGAAGAGCGGCCGAAGGAAAUGUUUGGCAAGGGCUACGGAAUGCCGUCGUCUCAUGCCCAAUUUAUGACCUUUUUCGCGGUCUACCUGACCCUUUUCCUGGUGUUUCGACACUCCCCAGCCUACGCCGGCUCCUAUCCCUACUGUGAUUUCUUCCUACGAGCGGCGUUGACGGUGGGGCUGUGCGCCAGUGCAGUUGCAGUUUCUGCCAGUCGUGUCUAUCUGAGCUACCAUACCCCAAGACAGGUACUGGCAGGCUGCGGCGCGGGACUUGUAUGUGCCUUUGGGUGGUUCGUAGUCACCGGCCUUCUUCGGCGCUUGGGAUGGAUUGACUGGGCGACCGAAUUGACGGUCUCGCGUCUCUUACGUGUCCGAGAUCUACUGGUAAGUGAAGACCUAGUCGAGGCCGGUUGGCAACGAUGGGAAGAACGGAAAUUGAAGCAACGACGCAGUGAAGUGCGCAAGACAGACUGA